AUCAAACUCCCAAACGACUCCGCUGCAAAACCUAAAAUCUCCGCCGCUACCGAAUUGCUUUCUCUAUCUCCGCCGCUGCCGCUACCGAAUCGCUGUGUAUCUCCGCCGCUACCUGGAUGGCGGUCACCGAAGAGAAUUUAGCUGUUCAAUCUGGAGGCAGUGAUUCCACAAAGGAGAAACGCAAGAGAAACAGGAAUAAAUCGAAAACCCCCCCAAAACCCCAUAAAGUGAAAGUAGAAGAAGAGAUGAAAAUUGAAGAAGAAGAGAAGGAAGAGAAAGAGGCGGAGGUGGAGGCAGAGGUUAGCCCGAAGAAACGGAAGAGAAACAGAAAGAAAUCGAAAACCCCACCACCGAAACCCAGUGAAGUUAAAGUAGAAGAAGAAACGGAAGAAGAGAUGAAAGAAGAAGAAGAAGAAGAUGAAGAGGAAGAGAAAGAGGUUGAUUUGAAGAAAUGCAAGAGGGACAAAAAGAAAUCGAAAACCCUAAAAGCAGAAGUGAAAACUGAAGAAGAAGAGAUAGAUGAAGAGGAAGAAGAAGAGGAAGAGGGUUUGGGGUUGAAGAGAGAAGUGAAGGGGAGUGGGAGUGGGAUUAUGAGCAGUGAAGCCUUUUCGGUGUUGCCGAUAUCCGAACCCACUAUGAAUGCCAUCAAAGACAUGGGCUUUAUCUACAUGACUCAGAUCCAAGCAAGAGGAAUUCCACCACUUUUGGAAGGCAAAGACGUUCUUGGAGCUGCUAGGACAGGUUCCGGUAAAACCCUAGCCUUUUUGGUGCCAGCUGUUGAAUUGUUGCAUCACAUUCGUUUUACGCCGCGAAAUGGGACUGGUGUUGUUAUCAUUUGCCCAACAAGGGAGUUGGCUAUACAGACACAUGCUGUAGCAAAGGACCUUUUGAAGUAUCACUCGCAAACACUGGGACUUGUAAUUGGUGGUUCGGCAAGAAGAGGUGAAGCUGAGCGCAUUGUCAAAGGAGUUAAUAUUUUAGUAGCAACACCUGGUCGACUUCUCGACCAUCUUCAAAAUACUUAAGGCUUUAUUUACAAGAAUCUCAAGUGCCUUAUAAUUGAUGAAGCUGAUAGGAUUUUGGAAGCUAAUUUUGAAGAAGAAAUGAAGCAAAUCACCAAAAUUUUGCCCAAGGCGAGGCAAACAGCUCUUUUCUCUGCUACUCAAACCAAAAAGGUUGAGGAUCUUGCACGACUAUCAUUUCAGACAACCCCUGUCUAUGUCGAUGUGGACGAUGGAAGGAAGAGGGUGACGAAUGAAGGACUACAGCAAGGGUACUGUGUAGUCCCAAGUGCAAGGAGAUUCAUUCUUCUCUACUCAUUCUUGAAGAGGAACUUGUCAAAGAAAGUGAUGGUUUUCUUCUCGUCCUGCAAUUCUGUCAAAUUCCAUUCCGAACUUCUCAAGUAUAUUCAGAUCGAUUGCUUUGAUAUCCAUGGCAAGCAAAAGCAGCAGAAACGUACCUCUACUUUUUUCGACUUCUGCAAAGCAGAAAAGGGUAUCCUUCUAUGUACAGAUGUCGCUGCACGUGGUCUUGAUAUUCCAGCUGUGGAUUGGAUUGUGCAGUAUGAUCCCCCAGACGAGCCUAAGGAAUAUAUUCAUAGAGUUGGUCGAACAGCCCGUGGAGAAGGUGCGAAAGGGAAUGCUCUGCUCUUUUUAAUUCCAGAGGAAGUACAGUUUCUUAAAUAUCUCAAGGCUGCGAAAGUACCUGUCAAAGAAUACGAAUUCGAUCAAAAGAAGCUAGCAAAUGUUCAGUCUCACUUGGAAAAGUUGGUUUCAAACAACUAUUAUUUGAACAAGUCGGCUAAAGAUGCGUACAGAUCUUACAUCCUAGCGUACAACUCGCACUCGAUGAAGGACAUAUUUAAUGUUCACCGGCUUGACCUACAGGCUUUGGCUGCUUCAUUUUGUUUUACUUCACCUCCGAAAGUUAACCUAAACAUUGACAGUAACGCUUCAAAGUUCAGGCAAAAAUCACGUAGAAUUGAAGGCGACACUCGACAAUUCGUUAGGUAUUAGCAAUUUCUUGUCUGGUAAUGGGAUAAACCAUCCCAGAUACGGCCCCUUGGCUCAUCAGUUUUGCAAUCAUGUUUUUUAUUACUCGAAACCUUUUUCUUUCUUCUUUUUUUUUUUCCUUUUUUUUUUCCGAGUGUUGGAAUCAAAGCACCCAAGAAUUUUUGAACUAUUUUCUAAUUGUUUCAUCUUUCAAUUAAUGCCAUAUCUUUUUAUUUUUUUUGU